GUUAGUCGUGGGCAGUCUUUGCAGCUUCUCCAGCUGCUGGCCCUUUUGAAAGGCACUCUCGGGUCCCUGCCUUCUCCCAGGCUUCUAGCAUCAACCACCUCUUGAAACUUCCUGGGAGUAGAGGAGGUGGGGAGCUGGCCUGGAGGGAGCGGCUUGUGCGGCCACUGGCAUCCCUUGGCAUCCGGGUCUGCAGUAGAGUCUGGCAGCCGCCGCAGGCUGAGCGACAACCAGUGGCUGCGAGUCCCGCUCAGGGACCGAGGAAAGUACGUGUCUGCAUUUAGAGAAUGCAAAAGAGAGAAUGUCCACCCGCUAGGCAUUCCACCUGCCCGUGAGUCUCUGAGAGCAUCAUGUCCAUCUGUGCCUCUUCUCACAAGGAUUUUUCUCAGCUGAGACCUACGCAAGACAUGGAGAUCAAAAACUCACCAUCAAGCCUUACUUCCCCUGCUUCUUAUAACUGUAGCCAGUCCAUCCUACCCUUGGAGCAUGGUCCCAUCUAUAUCCCUUCCUCCUAUGUAGAGAGCCGUCACGAAUACUCAGCCAUGACAUUCUACAGUCCUGCUGUGAUGAACUACAGUGUUCCCAGCAGCACCGGUAACCUGGAAGGUGGGCCUGUUCGCCAGACUGCAAGCCCAAAUGUGCUAUGGCCAACUUCUGGACACCUCUCUCCUUUAGCCACCCACUGCCAAUCAUCGCUUCUCUAUGCAGAACCUCAAAAGAGUCCUUGGUGUGAAGCAAGAUCACUAGAACACACCUUGCCUGUAAACAGAGAGACCCUGAAGAGGAAGCUUGGCGGGAGCGGUUGUGCCAGCCCUGUUACUAGUCCAAGCGCCAAGAGGGAUGCUCACUUCUGCGCCGUCUGCAGUGAUUAUGCAUCUGGGUAUCAUUACGGUGUCUGGUCCUGUGAAGGAUGUAAGGCCUUUUUUAAAAGAAGCAUUCAAGGACAUAAUGACUAUAUCUGUCCAGCCACGAAUCAGUGUACCAUAGACAAGAACCGGCGUAAAAGCUGCCAGGCCUGCCGACUUCGCAAGUGUUACGAAGUAGGAAUGGUCAAGUGUGGAUCCAGGAGAGAAAGGUGUGGGUACCGAAUAGUACGAAGACAGAGAAGUGCCAGCGAGCAGGUGCAUUGCCUGAACAAAGCCAAGAGAACCAGUGGGCACACACCCCGGGUGAAGGAGCUACUGCUGAACUCUCUGAGUCCCGAGCAGCUGGUGCUCACCCUGCUGGAAGCUGAGCCACCCAAUGUGCUAGUGAGCCGUCCCAGCAUGCCCUUCACCGAGGCCUCCAUGAUGAUGUCCCUCACGAAGCUGGCUGACAAGGAACUGGUGCACAUGAUUGGCUGGGCCAAGAAAAUCCCUGGCUUUGUGGAGCUCAGCCUGUUGGACCAAGUCCGCCUCUUGGAAAGCUGCUGGAUGGAGGUGCUGAUGGUGGGGCUGAUGUGGCGCUCCAUCGACCACCCCGGCAAGCUCAUCUUUGCUCCAGACCUCGUUCUGGACAGGUCCUCAGAAGACCCUCACUGGCACGUUGCGCAGACGAAGAGUGCUGUCCCAAGGGAUGAGGGGAAGUGCGUGGAAGGGAUUCUGGAAAUCUUUGACAUGCUCCUGGCGACGACGGCACGGUUCCGUGAGUUAAAACUGCAGCACAAAGAAUAUCUGUGUGUGAAGGCCAUGAUUCUCCUCAACUCCAGUAUGUACCCCUUGGCUACCGCAAGCCAGGAAGCAGAGAGUAGCCGGAAGCUGACACACCUAUUGAACGCAGUGACAGAUGCCCUGGUCUGGGUGAUUUCGAAGAGUGGAAUCUCUUCCCAGCAGCAGUCAGUCCGUCUGGCCAACCUCCUGAUGCUUCUUUCUCAUGUCAGGCACAUCAGUAACAAGGGCAUGGAACAUCUGCUCAGCAUGAAGUGCAAAAAUGUGGUCCCGGUGUACGACCUGCUGCUGGAGAUGCUGAAUGCUCACACGCUUCGAGGGUACAAGUCCUCAAUCUCGGGGUCUGAGUGCUGCUCGACAGAGGACAGUAAGAGCAAAGAGGGCUCCCAGAACCUCCAGUCACAGUGACGGCCAGGCUGGAGGCGGAUGAUUACAAUGAUGGUCAGAAGUGGGACAUGUACCCUAGCAUCGUGGGCCUCACCUUAGGGCUGACUUGGUCACGUACCCCUUACCCACGUUGCGCUUCCCAGGAGUCAGGGUGGUUGGGUUGUGGUGUCCCCUGUACCAGGACUUACUGCUGAAUGCUGAGUUCUAACUUGUAUAACCUUAGAAGGCUCUCGUUGUACUUUCCAUCUCUUUGCCCACUUGGAAAACAUCUUAAGAGUUCUGGAAUGAAAAGGUCAAAGUCUGACUUGGAAGGAUUGGCCUUGGACAGGAAAAGGAAAGUGACGCGAUACACCGUCUAUAAGAAAUGGACUGUAGAACGGUGUGGUCAUCAAAUCGACCUUUGAAUGGUGUCUUCUAGACCACUUGAUUGUAGGACUGAAAACCACAUUGACAAUCAACUCGUUUCGCAUUCCUACCUCACAGGCCUGUGAGGACUCAUGACGUGUAAUGGGUUAUUGUAUCAAAGACCAAGAAGAUAAUGGUCAAGCUUGGAUGUGACCUUGUUCCUCCUCCUAGAUCCUCUUUCUUCCUGCUUGGCUUACAUAACUAGAUUAUUCGGUCUGUCUGAAUGUGGUCACUGUCACAGAUUAAGAUUUAAAUAUCUUUUUAAUGUUGAGUUCCUUGAAGCUAUGUUGGUGUUUUCUCUCUCUCUCUCUCUUUCUCAGACACACACACACACAGCUUCAGGCCUUCAUAGUGUGUCUUCCAUUGCUGUGAAGCGAUACCAUGACCAAGGCAACUGUUUUUUUUUUCCCAAGACUUAUUUAUUUCAUGUAUAUGAGUGCAUUGUCGCUGUCUUCAGACACACCAGAAGAGGGCAUCAGAUCCCAUUAUAGAUGGUUAUGAGCCACCAUGUGGUUGCUGGGAGUUGAUCUCAAGAUCUCCGGAAGAGCAGAGGUCUUAACUGCUGAGACAUCUCUCCAGCCCCAAGGCAACUCUUUAAAGAACAACAUUUAAUUGGGGCUGGCUUACAGUUUCAGAGGUUCAGUCCUCAUUAUGGCCAGAAGCCUGGCCGCAUCCAGAAGAUGUGGUGCUGGAGAAGGCGCUGAGAAUUCUACAUUUUGAUCUGAAGGCAGCCAGAAGAUUGGCUUUGUCUUCCACAGGCAGCCAGGAGGAAGCUCUCAAAAGCCCAUCGACACAGUGACACACUUCCUCCAAUAAGGCCAUACCUAUUCUAACAAGGCCAUACCUCUUAAGAGUGCCACUUCCCAUGGGCCAAGCAUAUUCAAACCACCAUGCACUUGAACACAUUAAAAAAAAAAAAGCACCUUC